AUGUUGCUCCUUGUCACUCUUUUAACAAGUUGGCAUGUGGUCGCUACCGUGUCGGCGUGCCCCACUGUGGAUGAGGCGUACGGAUCCGUGGCAAGGCUGCUGCACCCUGGGCACAACUUUCUGGGCGAGGAGUGGCUGGGUGCCCUCUUUAAUACAUUGGAGAACCGUGUGCAGUGCGGAAAAGUGUCGUGUGAAAAGUGUAACCUUACAGAUGUUGUGCACCAGCUGAUCCCUAAGUCACAGGAAGGCGAGAAAAACAGCACAGUCGACGCAUCGCAAUUCACCGCCAUCGCCGCCGGCUGCGUCCUGUAUCUUUCUUCGCCGAGCUCGGCGUGCAUCGCGACCAGGCAGGGCAGGUGGAGGCAGGAGGUCCAUCACUUCCUGCUACGAAUUUCAAGCAAGGAGCGCAGUCUUGCAAAUGGGGAGAAGGAGCUUUGUGCAGGACCUGGGCAUCAACACAUUGACCGUCAUGGGUUGGAAAGUGUGCUGAGAGGACUUCACCAUCACUAUGAGCCAUCAGACAAUAAGAGGUGCGUCACAGCGGACGACAUCAUGAUGGAGGUGGGCGCCCCGUCAGCAGAGCAGACCCAGGCGGCAGGUGCAGUUUUGGGCCGGGUCCUGUACCACGCCGUGCGAGGUGGCUGUUUUGUGAGUAGCCUUCUCCCUGAGGAGAGCUUCUUCCUGGACUACAUCAUUCACCAAAUUGGUUCUGACAAUUUCACCGUCACAGACCUGGAAGCUGUAAUGAGGACUCUAGAACUUGGUGGGGGGUUGAAGAAGGAGAGCAGUUACCGCCACUCAAACAACACCUGGGAUCAGCAUUGUUUUUCUGUACACGAGCUGGUGCUGAUCCACGGCUUGGAAGGAGGCGACGGCGUGCUGGGUCGGUCUGACUUGGUCCGGCUUUGCCCGGCGCUGGUCCAGCAGGUCCUGAGUGGGGCUUGUCUUGCCACACAGCCAACUAAACAGGACCAAAACCAGCUCAGCAUAACAGAGAGAUACCUUUACGCAACCCUCGCCAACGUCGUCAUCACGCUCAUGUCCAUGUUUGGCAUCGUGUUGCUGCUUUGUACGUCCUCCACCAGCAUCUUCCAGAUGUGUAUCCAGUUCUGCAUCAGCCUGGCAGUGGGUUCUCUCACCGGAGACGCCUUGCUGCACCUGCUGCCCAUGUUCCUAGGCCUCCACGUGCACUCUGAUGACGCAGGCGCCCGGCUGCACACGCCACGGCACAAUCCGCACGGUGACGGCGGUGCUGCGGUGUCCGACUACGUGUACAAGAUGUUGGUGUUGAUGGGCGGGAUCUACUACUUCUACCUGAUGGAGACGCUCUUCUCGCUCUUCAUGCACAGACAUAACCACCACGUGGUCGCCUCGGAGCCUCACCACUGCGACCACGGCAGAGUUUUAGAAAUGUAUCAACAGGACAAGAAACAAAAAGAUAAAUUACAUUCUGCAUCAAAAACUGAGCUGGUGAUUGAGGAGGAGCACCAUGACACAUCUGUUCACAAAGAGAGGGCCACAGAUCAGCACCUGCUGCCUUACUUGAUCACUUUAGGCGACGCCAUCCAUAACUUCGCUGACGGUUUGGCCAUGGGCGCCGCUUUCUCCCUGUCGUGGAGGUCGGGUCUGGCCACGUCCCUGGCUGUCCUCUGCCACGAGCUGCCUCACGAGCUGGGAGAUUUUGCCAUCUUGCUGCACAGCGGCAUGUCGGUGCGGCGGGCGCUGCUCUUCAACGUGGGCAGUGCCAUGUUCUCCUUUGUGGGCCUCUACAUCGCCCUGUCUGUGGCCACCGACCUAGCCACCAAGCAGUGGAUAGCUGCCAUCACUGCAGGCCUCUUUCUCUACGUGGGCCUGGCUGACAUGUUGCCCACCAUGGUGCACAUUAACUCCAAGAGGCCGUGGAUGAUUUUUGCAGUGCAGAACGUCGGCCUCCUGAGCGGCUGGGCCAUCCUCUUGGUGCUGACGCUUUUCGAGGAGAAGAUUAGCUUUUAAUGUCACUGUGUGUUUGUGAGGUCAUUGUCAUCUCAGGGCAUUCAGUCGAUCACAACUGGACUGUUUGGUUUGUCUUGGAAGAAGUUUCGCCGCUCAUCCGAGUAGACUUCAUCAGUUCGUGCUCAUAGACUUAGAUUGGUCAGAUCUGG